AUGUGUUUAAGAGCGUCCUAUUUCCAGUUGGGCCCUUCUAUUACGAAACUUGAGAAAUAUUUUAGAGAAAAUCGAAGAAUGAAGACGUCACGAUCGCGGAAAAUUAUGGACCUGCUUAAUACUUCAAGUCCAGCUGAUGAACUGAUAAACAAUGCUGAUAAGGACCAAAAUGUAAAUAGUGAAGAAAAAGAAAAUAUCCCACUAACUAAGUCAGAUAACUUUUUAAACCAUGAAAUGGAUAAUAAUAUUCCGCAAUCAAUAUCAAUUCCUUUGAUUGAGACUGAUUUAGUAUCUGUAACAGCAUCAAAACGUACAUUGAGAUCAUCUUCUAGUAGUUCCAGCUCAUCUUCUAGCUCCGAAAGUAGUAGUUCUUCAAGUACAUCAUCUUCUAGUAGCAGUUCAACGUCCCGCAAUUCUUCCCCGGAACGAAAACAAUCUGUUCCGAAAAUUCAAAAUUUGAAUGAAAUUGAGGAGCAGCCUCAAUCGUAUCCGUCUCAAACUACUUCACCUUCAAUUUUGACACUUCCAACUGUAGAAUCUAAAAGUACACCGCGGGCCUCUGUUGUAGAUUACCAUAUUUCACCUAUUAAUUCGGAAGAGAGUGAUGCUGAUCUUAGCGACAAUGAUCCCAACUAUAAAGAACAUGAAAAUACUCGUAGACACGGUUCUCCGAGUUCAUCUUCAAACUUAUCAAAUGAUUCAUCAGCAACGAUCGCCAUAUUGCCUAAUAAUAUAACCAGAAAACGUAAAUCUAAUCCAACCAUGUGGAAGCAAAAUAACCAAAAGAUUAAACGAAAUUUAGGGGAACAAUACACUUCUGCGAAGACAAAUAAACUAGUUCCUGCGCGAGAAAUGAAGCCUCCGUGUAGAUUCUUUCAACCUAAAAAAGAUCAAUGUGAUCUUUGUUUGCAAUAUAAAAACUCUACGGCUGAUCAGAGGCUAGCCCUCAAACAAAAAUAUGAUACUCACCUAGAAGAGAAAGCUUUAAGCAGGGAAGAGAAAAAGAGAGAUCGGAUGAAUGUUGACGAGUUUAAUUUAUGCGUUUGCUACGAUGUUCAAGCUAUUAUGCAAAGCCCUAAUGGAGACACAUCGUCGUUUUACUAUAAAUCCAAAUUGAACAGCCAAAAUUUUACUUUGACUGAAUUGAAUAAAUUAAAAGAGAAUAAAUCUGACGAGGAUUUCAAAAGUUAUGAUAACGGUAACUAUGUAUUUUGUCUUAACGCAGUAUUUGCCUACUUACCUACAUUGCGUUGCUAUAUGAAAAUUAGUCGUAAGUGUGUUACUGUUUAA